GCUCCCAACCUCGCGCACCGAAAUGGCGACGGCUGAAGCUGGCAGUGGCAGCGGCGGUAGCAGUGGGGCGCGGCCGGACGUGGAGGUGCAGCGGGAAGAGUUGAGGUCACUGAUGACCACAAAUCUCAGGGCUGGGGAGUCCUGGUACCUGGUGGACAUGAGCUGGUUUAGGAAGUGGAAGAAAUACGUAGGCUUCAACAGCUGGGAAAGGGAUGGUGCUGGUGAUCCCAGCCGCUUCCCUGGGCCUGUUGACAACUCGGGGCUCUUUAGCGAUCCAGAAACUCAAACUUUAAAAGAACGCCUCGUUAGUGCCCUACAUUUUGUGUUGGUUCCACCUGAAGGCUGGAAUAAGCUGGUGAUGUGGUAUGGCUGCAUGGAAGGACAGCAGCCUAUUGUGAGAAAAGUAGUGGAAUAUGGUCGGUUUUCAAAACACUUAGAGGUUGAAGUUUAUCUUCUUGAGCUGAAGUUGUGUGUGUGUGGUGAUUUUGACAAUUUAAUCAGCCGGCACUUCAGCCAGGCAGAUACUAUUGGUACCAUCGAGAAAGAAAUUAGAAAAGUAUUCAAUAUCCCGGAUGCAAAGGCAGCUAGGUUAUGGUGCAGGUAUGGGCCUCACACUUAUGGGCGGCUUAAGAAACUGGAUAAAACGGUCCAAGAUGUAGGGCUCCGUCAGGGUCAGAUAGUCGUGAUAGAAGUGAAAAGUGAAGAUGGUACGUGGCCUGGAUACCGCACCCAGGGAAUAUAA